CCCAGCCACGCCUGCCGCUGCAAGAGCCCGAUCAACCGUCUCCACUACCACCUCCCUUACCUACCCCCCUUAUCUGGAUAUCCCACACUGCCAUGUUUUCGAUGGACAAGGAACGCCGGCAUAUAGGCCUAUCACCACCGACAGCUGCUAGCAGGGCAGACUUAUGACGAAACCAUGCUGCUGGGCCGCUGUCAUCCAGCCCAGCCAGCCCUUGAUUCUCACCACCAUCUGCUCCCUCCUUGAAACGCGAAGCCCUCCUCGCCACAUCAAACCCCAUCACAUAACUUUCUACUCAUGAUCCUCGAGGCCGCAGUGCUCCUUUCCCAGGAGCCCAAGGCACUACUUGGGGCCAUCCUCCUCCUGGCAACCGCCGUCGUCACCUGGUUAUGGCGGCGGUCAAAGCCCAACUACCACCCUCCGAGCGGGCCGGCGGAAAAGCCGGCCAGUGGUAGACCCAGCCCGGGACAAUGGGCCUCAAGCAACUACCGAUUCCCCACGCCGCCCCCGUACCCGUCGUGGGACGUGCAGACGACCAAGCCGCUUCCCUACAGGGCAUUCCGCCACGGUCCCAAGUACAACGUCACCAUGGGCCUGCGGUCCAUCAAGCCCGAGGACUGGAUCGAGCUGGACAGCGACUACCCAAAGUACCACACCGAGAAGGCGCGCCGCAUCGCCGAGCGCGGCGGCAAGUGCUGCGCCACGCACCCGGAGGCCUACCCGGCCGCGCUGGAGCUGCUCGACGAGCUGGCCGCCUACCUACCCGCGCGCUACCCGACCCUGUUCCGCCGCACGGCCGUCGGAGUCGACAACCUCUGGUCGGGCGAGUCCUUCAACCUGGCCGAGCGCCCGCUCCGUGAGGACCCCAUGGCCAUCUGUGGCCGCCUGGUGCAGGACGACCUGGCACUCAUGGUGGAGCGACCCGACGGCCAGUACUAUCUCCUCGCCGGCUCGAUCCUGCUCCCUGGCUUCUGGCGGCUCGGCGACAAGUACGGCAUGCCGCUGUCGCGCGUCCACACGUCGGGCGACGUGCCCCAGUUCAAGGAGAAGCUCGAGUGCGGCAUGGCCAAGUUCUUCCUACGCCUGGCGCCGCGCGAGCUCUACGCGCGCAACAACUACUUCCUCCAGCUCGACCCGGGCCUCGGCUGGAGCCCCAGCAUCGGUCCCGAGGACGACCCAAACACCAGCUGGGGCACCGCCGACGUCUGCGUCGACGCGGCCAAGUGCUGGUUCCGGUCCGAGCGGCAGUCGCUGAGGCGCCUGCCCCUCUCGGGCGCCGUUUGCUUCACCAUCCGGACCUACUUCCACCCCGUUGCCGAGGUCGCGAGCGAGGACUACGUCCCCGGAAGGCUGGCCAGCGCUAUCCGGAGCUGGGGGCCCGACGUGGCUGCAUACAAGGGCCGAGACAAGUAUCAGGGAAUACUGCUCGAGUAUCUCGAUCGCGAGCACCAGAAACAGGUUGAGCGUGGGCUAGACCCAGAGCAGGAGGAAAAGGUCCGCCGAUAUCCCUGGUGAAGUCGUUUCUCGAUUCAGAAGCCGGUUUUUCUGUACAUGCAUGGGAAACACCUGUGAUAUCACCGACACCACAAGACCACAGGCCACAGCCCUAGGUCCAGGAUAGGAUGUGGCAAUGGUUCCCAAUAAAUCCCCCAAUCAGCCCAUCACGACCCUACGACCACAUGCGACAAUGCAGCGGCCAACGCAGACUAGAUGGAUAAUUUCCCUAUUAUAAGAAGUCGAUAAGACUCUAGCCGUGUCUUCUAGUCUAUUUUUAACUUCUCUUUUGUGUAUCACGAAAGAGAACCCCCACUCCGGAGAAAGCCAAAGAUCCGGGGAGGUGAGGGAGGAGCGUUGGUGGUGGACGGGAUAUAAUUUCCCGAUUCAGUUAGCGCCAACGGUGCCCGUCCGCCUUAUCGCAGCCAAGGACCUGAGGUCGCCCACUUCUAUUCGACGACAGGAUGGGACAUGGGCAAUGGACUGGAAGCCGGUUAGAAGUAGAUGGCUGGCGAUCACUGCCGUCCGAUCCCUAUCAAACAAGUCAAGAAAAUGCGCAUGUCGCCGGAGACUUUCCAAGCGAUCUACGUACUUACUGUGUUGAGAUAUAUCGUGCUCGUCAUUGAUGUCACGAUCGUUUUCCGAUGGGUUCUCUCAAGACCAGGCCGAGUUUAUCGUUCCAUGGGAAAUGAGUCGCCGUGGGAAUGGAGUCAGCUCCCUCCGAAAUGGGCUCAGCCUGGUGAUUUGGCCACCCUGCG